AUGUGCACCUAUACGGACUGGACUGCCUGGGGGCCCUGUUCGCGUUCCUGUGGAGUAGGGUACCAGGAGCGUUCUCGUGAUAUUCGAGCACCAGCCGUCACAGGUUUGAGUGGCUGCAGCGGCACGCUGCGGGAGUCGACGCCAUGCCCAUCGACGCAGUGCCAAGAUGCCGUGGACUGUGUCUGGGCUGAGUGGGAAGAGUGGUCGGAGUGUGUGCAGGCACCUUCCAUUUGCGGCAUUGGGUCCAAGCGUCGCAAACGAAGCAUUGGCGUCAUGCCUGCCAACGGUGGUGCCCUGUGUGACCCCAGGCCAUUGGAGGAAGUCAUGCCGGUCAGCAACUGUCAAGGGCAGGCUCCAUGUUGCAUUGACGGUGAGUGGCAAGAUUGGCAAGAAUGGGGAGCGUGCAGUGCACCGCGUGGCAGUGGAACCCGCAAAAGGGUUCGAGCGGCGACGCAGGAGACUUUCUGUGGAAAACCUCCAGCGGGUUCCAGCACAGAGUAUGAAGAGUGCUCCACAGUUGACGUCGAUUGCCAAUUCGGAGAGUGGACGAACUUUUCCGCCUGCUCUGCCGCUUGUCACGGCCAGCAGCGGAGCCAUCGUCAGAUCCUCCGGAACAGCUCAGGCAACGGCCUUCCCUGUGCUGGAGCCGUGGAGCGAGCCGUUCGGUGCAACCCGGCUGAAGGCGAAGAUCCGCCUGUAAGCUGCGGGAGUGGUGACCACCAAGCCAGCGGAGUUCAGAACUGUGUCAUGAGCGACUGGUCAGAGUGGACUUCUUGCUCAGCAACAUGCGAGCUGGGGUUCUCUACACGCUCAAGGUAUGUUGAGGUCAAUCCUCAAAAAGGCGGAGAGUCUUGCCCCAGCAGUGUCAAGGAGAUGAAAGCAUGCAACGAUGGCGUCAGCUGCUUCGAAGGGCGGGUAGACUGUGUAUGGGAAGAAUGGACAACGUGGAGCCCGUGUGAUGCUUUCGACCUCACGAUGCGAACUCGUGGGUAUGCCCGUCAUGCUGCGUCCGGUGGUUUGGACUGCUCUGGCAGCAUGCGAGAAGUGAAGGGCUGCAGCAGCGGAGGGGACACUUGCUCAGUCUCCUGGUACAACUGCUCGUGGGGCCAGUGGUCACAGUGGUCAGCCUGUUCAGCUACGUGUGGUCGCGGGGGGGCGCAGAAUCGCAAGCGUCAAUUGCAGGUGGGCUCGAACCCAGUGCAUGCGCCGGCAGAAGCAGGGCUUGCCAUGAGUGCGCCAAGUGAGCAGUCGCAGAGCUCGUCAAGCCUUUCUGCAUCACAGACGGCUGGGCCGACUGAAAUUGUUGACUUCAACUGUGCGGAGAACAUGAACUGGCAAGAUCAGUGGCCGAGCGAUGUGAGAGCGUAUUGUUGUCAGAGAGGAAUCUGCGAGGGGGCUGCGGCUGUUCCAAGCGAGCUGAGCCCGGAAAUACUGCCCGGUGACGACACCCUUUUGCAGGAGAUGUCGCCUGCAGACACUGUGAUUGGGUAUGACGUGGCCUCGCUCAAGGAGAAGGUGAGAGCUGCAGAGGCUCAACAUCACAGCGAUCGUUUGGUCGCCUUCAUCCUGGGCAGCGUGUGUCUCCUCAGCGGAUUGAUCCUCAGCAGAGUCUUUUCCACCAGCAGAUCCACCUCUGAAGUCCUUCCCAGGUACGACGCGGUACAACAGAUUCUUUGA